GGAGCGGCCGGGCGCAGCUUUGAAUAGGGAAGUUUUGCAGGGGGUUACAUUUGCAGCCAGCGCCGUGUUUGCAAAUAUUGAGCCCGCUCCUGAGCAAGUGUCCGCCGCCGGCCGCGGGAGGGGAGAGCGGCCGCCUCGGGAGACGUCCUGCUUUGCUGUGCAAUUAAACUUUGCAUGAAACUUCGGGUCUUUUUUCCUCCCUAAGGUCGCUAAGGAAUUAAUUUCUAUCUAUUUGUAUAUAUAUAUAUAUAUACAAUUUUUUUUUCUUCUCUGGAGGAAGGGGGGGGGCUUGGAGACUGAGAGCAGAGGGCUGACACCCCCCGCACACACCCCUCGAGCCCCGCACACAGGAGGCAGCUGUCCGUGUCCGCGGCCGCCAGCACGGACUUUGUUGUUGCAACUUGAGACAUGGAUGUGCUCCCCAUGUGCAGCAUCUUCCAGGAACUGCAGAUUGUGCACGACACGGGCUACUUCUCGGCCUUGCCGUCCCUGGAGGAAUAUUGGCAACAGACGUGUUUGGAGCUGGAACGGUAUCUUCAAAGCGAACCUUGCUAUGUGUCUGCAUCUGAAAUCAAAUUUGAUAACCAAGAGGAUCUCUGGACCAAAAUUAUUCUGGCACGUGAGAAAAAGGAGGAAUCUGAACUGAAGACUGCAUGUGUCUCAAAGGAGGACAGCCCUACCAGUCAGAACUUAGAGACCAAUAGUUUGAAUUCAGAUGUGAGCAGCGAAUCUUCAGACAGCUCUGAGGAGCUCUCGCCCACCACCAAGUUUACCUCUGACCCUAUAAGUGACGUUUUAACCAAUUCAGGAAACUUGUGUUCGUCUGUUACUUCCACUCCCCCAUCGUCUCCUGAGCUGAGCAAGGAGCCUUCUUCCCAGCUAUGGAAUUGUACGCCGGGUGAGUUGCAUUCACCGGGGAAAAUUCGUACCGGUACCGCUGGAAAGACUGCAGAAAAAGGUACACCCGCCAAUGGGGACACCUCGCCAGAUGGCAGAAGGCGUGUUCACAGGUGUCAUUUUAACGGUUGCAGGAAAGUUUACACCAAAAGUUCACAUCUGAAAGCACAUCAGCGCACUCAUACAGGGGAAAAGCCUUACAGAUGUUCGUGGGAAGGGUGUGAGUGGCGUUUCGCAAGAAGUGAUGAAUUAACCAGACACUUCAGAAAGCACACUGGUGCCAAGCCUUUUAAAUGUAGUCACUGUGACAGGUGUUUUUCCAGGUCUGAUCACCUGGCCCUUCACAUGAAGAGACACCUCUGAACAGGUCAAGAGGUGAAUCCUGUGGGCUAAGAGGCGUCAAGGUUGAAGAGCCUUGAGCAGAGGGAUGCGUGUUCCAGCCAAAGCAUGCCAUUUUGCACCCUACCCAGUUGCCUCCAGGACCUCACUUCCUUGAAGGUCUUUUGAGGGCUAAUAAGUCAUGUAAGAAACGGCAUAGCAACCAUGGUGCGUGAUGUUUGGGGUUUCCUGGACUCAUACACUGGUAUCUAACCUUCUGAGUGGCUCCUAAGCCUUUGCCGUGAGCAUGUGCACUGAGAAUGUUAAUGAUUGGGCGACUGUAUGCUAUGAGGAUCUAUUGACGAUUGUAUGCUGAGGCACAUUUUUUUUCUUGUGGUUGUUUUAUAACUGUAAGAGAAAAAAAAAAGUCUGAAUGUCUUGUAUGUGAGGAAUAUCUUGUGAGAUGGGACGACCACCAAUCAUUUCCAAGGGAUGGGGGGAGGGCUGUCUGCACCUUUUUAGAGGGAAAACAGAGAGGGGAAAGGGGAAUUAAAAAGAGUCAGGAUGCCAGAAUGGAGAUGGGGACCUCCCCGUUCCUGUGUGAGAGGAGCUUUAGGUGUCUGGUGCAGCUAUUAAACGUGCAAUGUGUCAAGUAGCUUGUUUUACUUGCUACAGAGCUCAUUUGUAAUCCAUUGUAUAAGCUGUGUAUUUACAAAUGUAACACAACUAUAACUUUUCAUUAUAAUACAAAAGUUAUUGCAUGGUUCUGGGGAACUAUAUGCUUUUCCAUUCUUUAAUCAGGACUGCAGUUUUGAUUCCAGUUAAGAGCAGCUAAAAUACAAUUGGUCUAAUGUUACAUAAUGUAUGGAACAUGAAUAAUUUUUUCUGUUGGGUGGAUAAAACCACUAUUGGUUAGAAACUGAUUUUUCUCAUGCAGCUAAUUUUUCUCUUAUUUAUGCCUUGAGGACUAACUUCUGGUUUUCUAGCUGUUAAUGCACUGUUGACCUUAAUAAUGGUGCCUUAUGCAAGUGACCUUCUCUUGUAGGGGGUCUUAUACAGGGGUAUGGGUGAUGCAUGCUUUAUUAAGGCUCUCUUUUCACCUGGCAUUGUACUGUAUCAAAUGUAUAAUAUGAGGGAAAAAAAAAAAAAAGGUUACUUCCAGGGUCCUCCUUCACAAAGACAAAUAUAGAGAAAAGUCAUUCAUGUCAGUACAGUAUUUGUUUAACUUAGACAAUUUGACUGUGUUACAGUAUAAUGCAUAUGCCAAUUGAAUACCUGACCAGUUCUGCCACCUUGAGACUUUUUAUAUUGACCUUGCACAACUGUGUAUAUACACACCCCAACUGUACUUAAUAUGUUGAGUUUUCAUACAUAUUAAAGAUACAGAAGUAUUAAAAGAUGUAUUUGCUUAAAAGGCACAAGUUUCACAUCUAUAUAUCUAGCUAUCUGUUGGUCAUACAGAAAGAAACUAUAUUACUUUUUUUUUUAAAAGUGGGCAGAAGAAUAAUUGUGUAUGUAUAUUUGUGUGUACAGUCUGUGUAUGUGUGUAUAUAUAUAGAUAAUAUAUAAAUAUUUUUUUUAAAAGGAAAAAAAUUUAGAACGCAUAGCUAGAAAAUGCCACAGCCCAUCAAAAUAUUCCCCCCCAAAUAUGGUCAUUAAGGAGACAAAGAAAUGAGAGAUACAGUUAUUAAAAUCUAGUGUUUUUAGAGGCUUUACCUUUAGCGUAAUGGUGUGCUAAAGGCUUUGUUGGCAUUCAGUCCUUCUCAGACUGCUGACUGUGUUUUGUAGUUAUUAGGUUGUCUGGAAUAGCGUAUCUGUGGCCAUUUAAGAAUGAUAUGAACCGAAUAUUGGCAUGCUAAAAGAAUAUUAGCUGUGUGCAGAUGAAGUACACUCAUAUUUUGGCCUUCCAGCUUAUGGAAGGAUUCGUGAGUGAGCUAGUCGUUGUGGUGGUUGAGCUCUAAUUUUGCAUAGUUCAGCUAAAAUGAAGACUGUUUUUUCCUAGAAUAGAAAUAGUCUGUCCAAAAGCAGUUGUUUUUUUUGUUUGUUUUUUUUUUAACCAGCUCACUACAGUUGAUGCAAUGAAACACGUGAUCUGUUUCUUUUUCUAUUUAUUAUUGGUCUUGCUUACUAUGCUAAUACGUUGGUAUAUCUUUCCUGGAAAUGUAUGUAGAUAAGUGGUUUAGGAAAAAGUAUGUGCCAGUGAUCUGGUUCUAUGGAACACACAGGCUUAAAUCAUUCUCAUUUCAUUUUUACUUUAAAUUGCCUGAAAAUGCACUUUUCCCCCUCCCCCCAAAAAACUAAAAUUUCCAGAAAGUGGAUUUCUAUUUAGAGUUGACUUUUGUUUUGUUUUGUUUUGUUUUAACUCCUUAUUUGCAUUGUCCUUGGCUUAGCCAUACUUCUGAAAAGCGAGAAAGUAAACAAAAGAAAAAAAAUUACCCCAAACUAAAAACAUUAAACUUGCACUGGCUUGUCUCAAUUGUGAAAUACCAUCAGACUUGUGUGGAUGGGGUGGGGCUGUGUGCCAUAUGUCAAAUGCCUGUAAUUUUCUUAACAAGCAAGUACAUUUUGUUCAGGUGAUAACUGAGCCUCAAUCAAGCUGAAAAAUAAAAAAUAAAAAAAAAAAAACAUUUUUGCUUGAAAUUUAAGAAAAAGUUUCUAUUAGUGAAAUUUCUUUUUUUGUUUUUGAAGCACCCUGUUAUCUAAAGAAUCUCUUUGUAAGAUUUUUGUAAAGAUUUUGUUUUACAAGAUUUUAUUUGAAAUUGUUUUUUGCAAGAUUGUUAUAUUUCUGUAUGAAUGUAUUUUUUAUUGGAAUAACAUAAAAAGAAAUUCUUAUCAGCAUCAUGUGUCUGGCUUCAUCCUUCUCCUCCCUGGAGGCACACACACCAAACAAUGCCAAAUGCUGUGUUGACGCUUUCUCUUGAGUCAUCUGAUCGCAUGUACAAACAUCUUUGGGUCAAGUUGCCUUGUGGAAGACAAGCUCCUGUGAGAAAGUAACUUGAUCAGUAGAAACACAGUGUUCUUCCAUAUCUGAACAGCCAUUGUUGAUUCAACUUUUGUCUUAGAAUAAAUAAUUAACAGGGUUGUUUCUGCAAGACCACACCUUGAUUCUGAAUCAUUGGCUCUGGAGAAGUGAAUGUACACAGGACAACUUCUGCUCGUGGGAAAUGAGAUUCUGUGAGCAUUUAUGGUGAAGGAACCAAACAGUAGAUGCCCAGGUGGGAGGCACCUGCCUUUAAACUUUUUAGCUGGGUGUGAGCCUUUGAACUGUCCCAUCCAUGGGGAAGCAAACCUGACACCUUCAAGGCACAGCUGAUGGAAAGAGCCAUGUGAAGUCUGUGUGGCCCAGAUGAAUGGACCUGAGCAUUCUGCAGGUCACUAACCCACUGGUGACCUCCAGCCAGCCAACUUCAAGGCUCUGUGAACUGCAAAGAGCAAUGGCUCUUCAAAGCAUGACUGGCAUGCACACCGGCUUUGGACACAUGCAGAACUCGUUUUAUGUUGCCUUGUGGCUUCUGUUUCACUCCUGCUUGUGUUAAAAACCCCUUAAGCAUCGAGUAAAAGAAUUUGCAGAAAUAGCAAGGUUACAUGCUGAGAAACUUGACAUUAGGCAUGUGAAUCGAGCUCCCUGGAUUUGAACAUCCAUAGUUUAAAAUUAGAAAUGUUCUAAAAAUGCUGCAGGGGAAAAAAAAAAAUACAUUCAAACUGAGGUGGAAAGGGUAUAGCAGGGAGACCCUGGGCAUGUGCCUCAGCACUGCAGUGGGCAAGUAAGCAGGCAAUAUGCCUCUCUAUAGGCAAGGGAGAAUUGGCAACUUAAGCAAAAUCCGGAUCUGCAAUGGAAGGGAGACAGCACAUUUUUCCACUUAUAAUACCUCUCACAAUGAAACAGAUGGGUUCUCAGAAACUUGUUGCAACAGAAAUAAUAAAAGGCUACGGAGGAUGAGGGAUUGUGACAUUUUGCCUUCUAUUCUGUAUAUAGCCUAGAAAUGGAAAUAUUUUUAAAGAACUGCGCUUGACCUUGGAGCUUCUCCACCCAAAAUGUUCAGUGGGUGUGUAAUACAGAACAAGGAUUGGCAAAUUCUUGACUGCUUAUAGGGUGUGUGUCAUCCAGGGCUGUGUCUUACCGUACCUUCAUUACAAAAAAAAAAGGCAUGAUAAAUCCGUUAUUAAGCAUGUUACUGAGAUGCUGAGAUUCCACCCCUUUUUAUUUCCAGACAGAUUGUACUAAAAAAGGGGGUGUUCGCAAUAAAUAAAUAAAGGCUGUUGGCAGAGAUAUUGGGUAACAAGGAAAUGGCAAAGCAGAAAGCAAUAGUCAUUUCAGGGGUAGUACAUUU